UUUUUCAGCUCUCAAACAAUGCGCGAUUUCCAAAAGACCCCCAGCAUACAAGCGCUCAUGUUGACGCGAUCCGCUUAUAAAGAGAAACCUGGCCAGGAAAUGCAGAGCGCAAGGCCUCCAAGUGCCGUAUCGCACAUUGUCACCUCCUCUGCAUCGACUUGA